AUGGAAAUUGAAAUAAUAAGAAACAAUCCUCAAGAGCCAUCUCUCUGUAGCUUCGCCUAUCAAUUUUAUAGGACCAUUUGGUCAAAACAUAACUUGGAUCCCGCCCUAAGAUGAGAAUAUAGCUGAGCCAAGUAGUAUCAUCCUUAGAGAAGAUUAUUCAGAUAGUCCUAAAGGUCUUUCAAAGCUGCAGAAGUUAAGGAUUAUGCUGCUCACUUAUUAAAGCUAUAGAGAAAAGAUCAUUAAAGAAAAGAUAAGAGAUUUAUAAUGAAUCAAGGAGCUUUUUAAGGCCUAUUAUGGCCACUUAAAAGUUGGCUUGUCGAUUAUCUAAAAAACUAUAGAUUAAGAUUCGAAUUGAAAUGGGAUUUUUUUUUUGUUUUCCAUUAAUAUUAAAUGUUUCUUUAUUUUUAAUUUCUAACGAUAGUAGAUAUAAUCACCUGGGAGGGAGAGGGUAAGGAUGGGUGAGUAGGUUAGGGUCCUAGUUAUGCUUGACCAACCAUUGAAGGAAGUUUAAUUGGUCACCUUCGAAGGCGUGGUAAAGCCACUUUGUAUGAACUAAUAGAUCAUGUAGUUAACAGCAGAAGUCUUCGGACAAUACAUUCGAAGAAAUAUAGGAACAGAAAUAUCGAAAAGCUAGCUCUAUCCAAGCUUCUGACUAAAAAACACAUUUUCAUCGAAGGCCAAAGCGGGACUUGGACACUUAAUGUAAUUUUUAUUCAGGAAAAUAAUGCAAUGGAAUACAAGCAACAUAUUUUUCUAUGAAGAAAAUUCAUAAGAGAAAAAUAUGAAAGUUUGAAAAGAAAUUAGAAGAUAAGGAAAUUAUGAAAAAAUUUGGAAAUUAUCCUAAUUUUAAAAUAAAAUAAAAAAAUAUAUAAGCAACAGAAAAUAGUUGAAAUUAAAAAAAUAAAUGAGUCGAAGGGAAAACUGCAUGAAAGAGAAAAGAUAAAGUCCACCGGUGUGAAAUCUGAUUAA